AUGCUUGUUGUUUGGCAAAAGUUGCCGAAAGAAAGAAUGAGAGAGAACGACAAAGAGAAUGAGAGAGAACACGUAAAGCGAAAAAUCUGGAGCGCUGCCGCGCCGGGUAACAAGUGUGAAGAGAGAGAGAGAUGUAAGGAAGAUGAAUACAUUCAAUACAUUCUAGCUUAUAGCAAGCUUUCAGCAGGCUCAAUUGCUUAUAGCGGUAUAACUGCAACAAGAGUGAAAAUUAAUAUGGUGACGAACGACGGAUUCGGUAGUACAGUGUUAUAA